UGAUUAUUUAAUAGGUCAGUAAAGAGGUGCAGUUUUAGCUAAGUAGAUCAAUAAUUAAUUUAAUUUGAGUACAAAAUGGAAGGACUAAUAAAUGUGCAGUUAGAUUUAUAUAAUUCAAUUAAAAAGGAUUUAUCCAAUUUUAAGAAAAGUGCAAAAGAAAGAAUAAGCAAAGAGUACGUAGAAAUUAGAUCGGAAAGUUUAGAAACAGAUUGGUUAUCUUUUAGAGCAAAUCAUGCUAAAUUGUUUGAAAUUUCACAACCAGAUAUUUUAGCAGGUACACAGUAUGUUGUAAAAGAAAUUUAUGAUAUUACUAAAGAUCAUUAUUUCAAUUAUAAAUCUCUGUUAGUAAGAACUUUAAAUCAAUUUAGGUCAACAGAAAGUCAGUCAAGUCCUAGUACAAAUAGUGAUAAGGUCAGCCCGUUGGUAAAGCUUCCAAAAAUUACUAUUCCGACAUUUUCGGGUAGUUAUUCAGAAUGGACAACAUUUCGUGAUUUAUUCGUUUCUCUAGUUCACAAUAAUACUGAUUUAGACAAUGUACAAAAGUUAAAUUAUUUGAAAUCUCACAUAACGGGUGAGGCAGAGCAAUUAAUAAGGCAUACACCAAUUACUAGUGCAAAUUACAGUCGAUGCUGGUCUCUAUUAGAACAAAGGUACAACAAUAGAAAAUACUUAGCAAAAUGCAUCUUUAAGCGCUUGUUUAGCAUUAAACAGAUGAACACUGAGUCAGCAUCUGGUCUAAAAGACCUUAUAGACACCACCAUAGACUGCUUGAAUGCCUUAAAAAAUAUAGACAUUGAUGUUAGCACAUGGGAUAUUAUUAUAAUUCAUAUUGUUACUUUCAAACUCGAUUCCGAAACACGGAAACAGUGGGAGCUACAUAUUUCUAGUUCAGUCGAUUCGAAUCAAUUGCCAACCUUAGAACAAUUUAAAACUUUUAUGGAAAACCGUUUUCGCGCUUUAGAAUUUGUAGAUUUUAAAAAACCUUCAGUACAGUACACCAGUGGUUCUAGUUCAAGACCAAAGUCUUCUAUAGCUACGAAUACCUCAGUUAUGCGCUGUGAGUAUUGUUCAGAGCAACACAAAUUGUGUUUUUGUAAAAGGUUUGCUGGUGAAGAUAUUGCAACUAGGCGUGACUUUGUGGGCAAGAAUUCAAUUUGCGUGAACUGUUUAGGCAGCAAUCACAUAUCUUCUCAGUGCAAAAAUCCUGGAUCCUGCAGGAUUUGUAAAUUGCGUCACCAUUCCCUUUUGCAUCAAGAGAUCGAGAGCACAGCUUCCAGUUCAACGGCAGAAAAACCUGUUGAGAGUACUAGCACUUUAACUAAUACUCCACCAAUAGUUUCAUGUCUUUCAACUCAAAGGAUUUCCAGUUGCGGCCAGGUUUUACUUCCUACGGCAUUAGUAAACACCGAGUCUGAAGCUGGUAAGGAUCAUAUCCUCAGAGUUUUAUUAGAUCAAGGAUCGCAGGCCAGUUUUAUAACUGAGGCUGCAGUCCAGCUGUUGCGUCUUAAGAAGACUCCUGUAAGCGGAAUGAUUACUGGACUAGGAGGAAACAAAGCCAUAAGAUCAAAAUAUGUAGUUACCAUCAAAUUAAGAUCAAGGACAAACCAGGACAACAACAUACAGGUCACAGCUUACGUGCUGAAGAACAUAACUACGUUUUUACCGGAACGUCAAGUGCAUAACAUGGACUGGACAGAAUUUAAGAACUUACAACUAGCAGAUCCCCGUUUCAACACUCCCAAGGCAAUCGAUUUGCUGUUGGGUGCUGAUAUUUAUAGCCAAAUAGUACAAGAAGGCAUAAAGAAGAGCCGUAAUGGGAAACUUAUAGCACAAAGAACAACAUUAGGGUGGAUUCUGUCUGGCACAGUUAACGAACGUUUUAACAAGAACAACGAGGACACUCCGGAAAUUUCGGUUAUGCAUGCUCAGAUCACUGAAACUGAAAAUUCAAAACAGAUAGAAAAAGAGCAAAAGUUCAAACCAAGUACACCAAAUAGGACAGAUGAAGGUCGCAAUCGGACACGACACCUGAACGUAACCAAAACCCAACCAUCACACAAAAGGCUAUCGAAGAAUUCAGAUCUGAAACAAAUAGAACAUACAAAAGUACUCAACAGAAAUUCACAAUUAGGACAUAUAAAAUCUGUAAACAUAAAUGACAGAGAAAAUAAUGAAGCUGUCUACUUACCACAUCAUGCAUUCGUCAGAAACGAUAAGACAACCUUAAAAGAGCAAGCUGAAAAAUGGAAUAACAAUAAAGUAGAUAUAUUAACAAGCAUAUACAAGAAAGAAGAUCAAGAGAACAUACAAAACCACACACAAGAAAUCGACAAGCAACAGCAAGACACCUUAAGCAAGGGUAAGCACAAACAGAACACAAUGGAAAAGAACAAACAGAGCAAAAUUAGCCUCAAAAUCAAGAAAAGGACAUGCACAAGCAGAUUCCUGAAUUCCAGAACAAGCAAAAACAGAGAACACAAAAAAUAAAUAGACUGGACAACGAGGACAAAAUGAUAGAGGACAUGGAAAAUAUCAAGGACAAAAAGGAUAUUGAAAUUAAAACAAAAAAUACAACCAAAGUGUUAGGACUUACCUGGGACCGAAGUGAAGACCAGUUUAGGUACUCGGUGAAUCUCCCGCAUACAACGCCUGGACCUGAAACAAAGAGAUCAGUAUUAUCAGUGAUAGCGCGUUUGUACGAUCCGCUAGGUUGGAUAGCACCUAGCAUGAUAGUAGCAAAAAUGUUUAUUCAAAAAUUAUGGUUAGCAGGUGUAAACUGGGAAGAAUUAAUUUCAGAAGAAUUAAGAAGCAAAUGGGUUACUUACCGCAAUGAACUGGAACAACUCACCAAAGUACAAGUCCCACGAUGGCUAGGCAUUUCAACAACGGACUCGACGGUUGUUCUUUCUUGGUUAAAUAGCCAUCCAAGUCGUUGGAAGACUUUUGUGGCCAACAGGGUUGCAGAGAUCCUAACGACUAUGGAUUCUGCCCAGUGGUAUCAUGUCUCAUCCAAAGAGAACCCUGCAGACUGUGCAUCGCGAGGUCUCCAACCGGGAUCGCUUGCAAAGAAUGAGCUUUGGUUCUCCGAUCCACAAUUUCUUAGAGAGCAAACCAUAAAAAGCCAACAAAUGUGAAAGUUCAUUUAGAGGAAGCAAUUAGUACGCACUUUAAUGCGUUAUCUGAGGACACCCUAUUCCAACGAUUUUCUUCCUUACAGAAACUGCUACGAGUAGUAGCUUACUGCAGACGAUUUUAUAAAAGAAACACUUAUAGGACAACGCAUUUAUCUAAAGAAGAAUUAGAUCAAGCAAGGAUUUGUUGUAUCAAAAAAGCACAAAGGGAGGAAUUUAAUGAAGAAUAUUUACAGUUAAUAGCUAUACCGGAGCUCAAGGACUAUUUGACUUCCAAUGUAAGUUCACUAACAAGGUGGCAAUUUAUUCAAAGAAUCAUCCGGGUACUGAUAAUGUUACCCGCGUGGUCACCAUCAAAGUAAAAAAUUCUACCCUUAAGAGACCCACGUCCAAAUUAUGUAUUUUACCCGUUAGUGAAUAAGUAGUUACAAUGAUUUAAGUUUUUAGGCUAGGUCAAGCUCCUCUUUGUUAAUUUAAGGGUUAAUUUGGUUUGUUUUAUUUCUACUAUUAUGUAAGUUCAAGCGUUUAUUUAAACAAAGUUCAAAAUUUAUGUGAGAUCACCCACCAAGAACAUUUGAGCAGUAUCAUUUACAGGUCUCAUAUUUAAUUAAGGCCAUUUCUCACUAAAUGUCCUUGGCGGGCGGUAUGUUUAAAAUUAAAGACAACUUUCGCUACCAGAUAAUAGAUGGCGCUGUAAGACUUGUAUAUCGCGGUCUUGGUCGACUACUUAAGAAAUAUAAUACUCAUGUAAAAUUUAAGCCGUGUGUGUUCGUCCUUGGGUUCAAUAAACCGGCCCGGCCUUUUUAGAACAAACCGUGG